CAGUUCGCUAUCCGACACACUGCUUGUAUGCAACGCAUGUAGAGACAGAAAAGGCUAAAUAGGUAGUUGAUGUCUGGUGUUUGUGGCACGUUGUGCAGAACAUACAGCCAGCCCGUGCUGCUCUGUGUUUUGGGGGGCGGCUGUUUGGCUUCCUUGUCACCCGUUGCUGUUGUCGUCAUGCUCUGAAUGGGUACCUUGCUCCAAAAAAUCGUCACAGCACAUUCCCACUCUCUUUGACGUAUGUGUGUCAAGAGCAGCUCCACUGUCACCACGCUAUGUAGGUAUGUCACCGUCUUCAACAGACCUCAAAACAAGUCACACAACCAUGCUGCCGCCGCUAUACAUCAACCGUACCUGUCACAAGGACCCUACAGACAUCAUCAGGGCCUCAAAAGAUACCUAGGUAGUGUUAACACGUCUUGAUUGCGAUUAGCUGGCCCAAAGAUCCACCUUUUAUGCCAUACACCCCCCACCCCCCCCUCCCCGUCAAAAAAAGAAAAAGAAAUAAUAAAAAAAAGAAAACAAAAUCCUCGACGCCCUAUCAAGCUAUUCUAAACGCCCAGCAACCGUGACCUCUUCUAAACGCCCACACCAACCCAUCUCAAACGCCCAUUAUACCCAUCCCGACGUCCACCAAGCUAGGUAACCUAAGCCCUACCAACAACCUCCACAACCUCCCCAUCCGCCAACCUCCCCGUCUCAAGCAUCCACCCCUCCCCCUCCACCUCCACAGGCGGCACCACAAUCCCAAACCUCUCAUACGGAAAAUCAACCAGCGUACCCCUAUACUCAGCCCACCCAUCAUCAACCUCCCCAAGCUGGUGCGUGUCCACCUCGCCCGCCUCGUACGUCCGUCCAGCCAGAACCUCCUUCUCCCGCCCCUCAUACUCCUUCUUCAGCAUCGGGUGAGGCGCCCAGAUAACCCGCAUCCCCGCCCGGCGACCAGCCUCAACCCCCGGAACGCUGUCCUCAAAGACAAGACACUCCUCGGGGGUAAUCGGCUUCUCCCCCUCGGGAAGCGAGUCAUUGAUCGUCUUGAGGGCAAGCAAAUAAAUAUCAGGAAGCGGCUUGCCCCGGCCGGGGGCAAUCCGCUCGUCGUCGCCCAGGACGCGACGGUGGGUUUCAAAGACGCUGAACAGCUCCGUCAGGUGCGACGUCUUCAAGAUAAAGUUUGACUUGUGGGACGACGUGGCGAGGGCGAUGUGGACGCGGUGGGGGGUGGGCGCCGUCUCGCCAGCCCUGGACUCCUUGUUCUUCUCCAUGUCCCAGUAGCGGGUGCGAGCGAGGUCGCUGAGAAGUGUAGGGAUGCCGGGGAGGGGCUGGGUGCCGGGGAAGUGCUGGGCUUGGAGCUCAUAGUACUGUUUGUGGUACCUGCGUCGAAAAAAAAGUCGGUGUCAGAACGGACCGUCAGGAAAGAAUACAUCACUCACUCCUCGGGGGUGAUCGGCAGCUGGGCCCAGUCGUGAAGCAGCUUGUUGGCCUGGGGACCGGGGCGGCCUUGCAGCUUGGCCUUGAUGCUCCAGGGCAGCUUGGGACGCCCGUACUUUUCGAGGAUCAGGUUGAUGCAGAGUGUGUAGAGGUCCUCGGUGUCAAGCAGCAGACCAUCCAUGUCAAAGAGACAGGCCCGGACGGGGGGGAAGCUGUUGUUGGAGGGAAUCAUUGUUAGUCUCGCCACGAGGCUGGACCCGGCCGGAAUCACACAACAUAGGGGUUCAGGGGACCUACUCGGUUCUGGGAGUCAUUGUGAAGGCCGUGGCGUGCUGUGAACUGGGACGACCGUGGGCUCGUAUCUGCUGGAUGGACUAGAAAGAAAAAAAAGACAGGAGGAGGCUCUGGGGGAAAGAAAAGGGCUCGUAUUAUAGAUAGAUGGCUACCCUUGCCUAGGUAGGUGUAGGACCGAUCGGGUCCAAUCAGGCACGUGGGUUAGAGUAGCUGAUAAGAUGUAGUCCCAGAGAAGCCAACUGCUCUUUGAGGUUGGAGAUAAGACGGCGGACCUGCCCUCUUGUUGGAUAACUUGUAGGGAUCAGCAGAAGGAGAAGGGAGCGCAACAAUCGGAUCCGAAGCAACGAAACAAAAAAAAAAAAGAAAAAAAAAAGGCAGGAACUAGAUGUCACGAAUUGGAGUAGCUGCCCCUUGUCAUGCGGGGUAACCCCCCAGCAAACUGAUGCUCUUCCAGUGCUCCUCCCGGCGGACCUGUGACGCCACCAAGACAGGGGAGACAUGUAGAUACCCCGGCCGGCCCAGCCAGCGGAGAGCCGUCACGACUUUUUCCGAAGCUCUCGUUCGUCGAGAGCAUCCGAGAGAGGAGCUCUCUGUAAUGCUCUCACACACUCUCAAACUCUUGUCCGGCGGAAUAUUUCGGGCCGUUUAGGUACCCCUUGCGAUGGGCUGGGUUGGCAGCCGAGGAAGACGCGAGAUAAGGGGGGAACUUGUGGGAGUGUGGAAGGUGUGAUGAGAUUGUGGAAUGUUCAGACAGACAGAAUGAGAAAAAAGCCGUGUGUUUGCUUGUUUGCUCCCCUCAUCAGGGGUCCGUCCCAUCUCGAGCGGACACCAAGCGGCAGGAAGCCGUUGUCGUCUCCACAAAGCCUCAAAAAAAAACCCCAAAAAAAACGGCCUUGGAUCAACGUGAAUCUGCCAAGACCCCGCCAUCGGGCUGAGGUCUACAGUAGCGCCUCAAGAAAAAAGUGUCCGUUCCAUGCCCAAAGCCCCAACAGCGUAACAACACCACGUUUCCAGCUCCGCCCCUUUCCCCUUUUUUCUCUCCUGUGAGCAGCCUCCUUAUCUCGCAUAUCGGACGGACGGUUUGCUGCCAAAGAAGAUGGCUGCCCAAGAUGAGGAGCCCCGGAUCGCGGGAGCCGAUGACGACAUGGAGCAGCAGCGGCAUGAAGAAAGGUUCCCCCCUGAAGAGGAAGCUUCCAUGGUAGCGGACUCCAACGCGCACAAAACCGAGGCCAACUCUCUCUUUGGAUCGGGCAAGUACGACAUUGCCAUCAACAAGUACGAUGAGGCUCUUGCCGUCCUUCCCAACUAUCUGGACUAUGAGCUGGCCGUCUUACGAUCCAACAUUGCUGCCUGCCACCUGAAGCUCGAAGAAUGGAAGGAGGCCGUCACAAACGCAACAGCCGCCCUGGACUCUCUUGACAAGCUCGAGGGCAACGGCUCGUCGAAGAAGCAGGACCCCACCCCACCCGCGGCAGAAGACGAGGUGGAGGGUGAGAUUGUCAGCUCUGGUGCCAAAGCAGCCGGUCCAGCACUGGGUGAUGACGCCCAGCGCAAGCGUCCGGAUGACAUCUCGAGAAUCCGCGCCAAAGCUCUCAUGCGUCGUGCUCGGGCCCGGAGUGAGCUGGGCGGGUGGUCCAACCUGGAAGGCGCAAUCGAAGACUACAAGCGGCUGUCGACCUUGCCUGCCUACGACACGCUGAUGAGCGCGACGGAUAAGAAGAUUGUCAGCACGCAACUCCGCGCCCUGCCGGCUCGUGCAAAGGCUGCGCAGGAGAAGGAGACGGCUGAGAUGUGGGCCAAGCUCAAGGACCUGGGCAAUGGCAUCUUGAAGCCGUUUGGCCUCAGCACUGACAGCUUCAAGAUGGUCAAGGACGAGAAGACGGGCGCAUACAGCAUGAACUUUGCUGGGGGGUCGGGCGGCAAGUGA